AUGCAGCAGGAGGGUGGCGGCGGCGACAAGAAUGGCGGCAGCAAGGAUAGGAAGGAGCUCAAAGACGGAAGAAGCGAAGGGGAUAUCAGCAGCGGGCGAAGCGUCAAGGGCUGCGAUGUCUUACCCGGCAGGGCGGGCGGCAGGCUGCCCGUUGGCUACUGCAUCUCGCCAUCACAGAGGCUCUUAAUCAUGUCGUCAUUUAAGCGCUUUCACGACAUUGCUACGGAGGGUGGCGACGACGGCAUGCAGCAGGAGGGUGGCGGCGGCGACAAGAAUGGCGGCAGCAAGGAUAGGAAGGAGCUCAAAGACGGAAGAAGCGAAGGGGAUAUCAGCAGCGGGCGAAGCGUCAAGGGCUGCGAUGUCUUACCCGGCAGGGCGGGCGGCAGGCUGCCCGUUGGCGAGCGUUAA